AUGGUCGAUGUUGGUGUUUUGUUGGAACCAGCUGGAUCUGGCCAAACGAACAUCUCGUUAAUCUAUUCAUCUCGUCGUGACACAACAUCUAAAGCCAUAGCUUCAUUCGUUGUGCCGGAAUUCGUACAACAAUGGACACAAAUCGCAUUUGAAGUUAAUAAGGAUUCGGUCACAUUCUAUUUCAAAUGCGUACGAUUUGCGGAGAGGGAGGUAAAGAAUAAAUUGUGUUAUUUCAAUUAUCAAUCGAUGCGCAUUAACGCCAUAAGAUGACC